UCUAUCUCUUGCUCGCUCCCCGCCGCCGGUGAGCGAGACCUCCGAGGGGCAGCGCAGCGAUGGCGUCUUCGGCGGGGACUCCGUCGGACGGCGGAGGGGAUAGGCCGUGGCAAUCUUACCACACCGCAUACACCAACGCUAAAGCGGGAAUGGAGGGAGUUGACAAGGAGAAGGUGCAGAGGGUAAUAUAUGAAAUGAGCAAGGGUUCAAAAUAUUUUGAGAAUGAGCAGAAGAAGGAGGCAAUUACCAGGCUAAAAAUUGAGCAUCUGCGUGCACAGUGUGCAAAGUUAACUGAUAAUGACAUAUCACAUUUUCAGAAGGUUGCUGAAAAGAAAAUUUUAGAGCUGGAAGCUUCACGAGAUCUUUCAAAGAUAUGGCUUCACACUGACAUGGAUGCCUUCUAUGCUGCUGUUGAGACAUUAGAAAAUCCAUCCCUGAAGGGAAAACCUUUGGCAGUAGGUAGCAUGUCUAUGAUAGCUACUGCCAGUUAUGAGGCGCGUAAAUUUGGAGUCCGUGCAGCAAUGCCUGGUUUUAUUGGAUGUAAACUGUGUCCUGACUUGGUUUUCGUCCGUCCCAAUUUUGAGAGAUACACUCACUAUAGUGGAUUAGCAAGAAAAGUUUUUGAAAGAUAUGAUCCCAACUUCUUCGCAACAAGUCUAGAUGAAGCAUACCUAGAUAUUACAGAAGUCUGCAUUGAGAGAGGCAUUACAGGCGAGGAGGUUGCUUCUGAGCUUAGGGGUGCUGUUCACCAAGAAACUGGUCUAACAUGUAGUGCCGGUGUUGCUCCAAACCGCAUGAUUGCAAAGGUUUGCUCUGAUAUUAACAAGCCUAAUGGGCAAUUUAUUCUGCCAAAUGACCGGGACGCUGUGACGACAUUUGUGUCAACUUUACCUAUAAGAAAGAUAGGUGGUAUAGGCAAGGUAACAGAACAGAUGUUACAUCAGGUUCUUGGAAUCAGUACAUGCCAGGAGAUGCUACAAAAGGCUGCUUCCUUAUGUGCUCUUUUUUCAGAAGGCUCAACUGAUUUCUUUCUUUCGGUUGGCCUUGGAUUAGGAGGUACGGAAACUCCUGAGCAUAGGCUAAGGAAAAGUAUGAGUUGCGAGCGAACUUUCUCUGCGACAGAUGAUUCUUCUUUGCUAUUUGAGAAGUUAGAUAAUCUCGCUGAAAAUUUAGCUGAUGACAUGCAAAAGGAGUGCUUGAAGGGAAGGACGCUAACACUCAAACUAAAAACUGCAGCUUUUGAGGUUAGGACGAGAGCAGCAACUGCACCGAACUAUAUCAGCUCCAAGGAAGACAUUCUGAUCUACGCUAAGAAAUUGCUUAAGGCUGAACUGCCUCUUUCUCUGAGAUUGAUGGGGUUGCGAAUGUCUCACUUUCACGGUGAGAAGGAUGAUUCGACCAGCCCGACACAAAGGACACUAGAUCGUUUUUUCCAUUCGUCAGAAAAUAACUCAAAUACCAAUGGAACAAAUGGUGCAAGUUCCACUGAUGCCUCAGGAGGGAAUAACUAUUGUAAUGAUGUGACAACGACGGAUGAGUUUUCGGUACAUGAUAAUGAGAAAUUAUCUGUUCCAGAAGGUACUGUCUCAAGCAAUAUGAAGGUUACACGGAUUGAGAAGUUUGAGGAGUCGGCCAACUGCAAAGCUCCCGCUUCAUCGAGUAAACCUGAUCAGCAUUUCUGGCUUGAUGGCUAUAUCUGUUCCCUCUGUGGGUUUGAACUACCUCCGUGUUUUGAGGAGGAAAGGCAAGAACAUUCGGAUUUCCACUUGGCUGAAAUGUUGCAGAAGGAAGAUGCGGCAAACAGCCCUGGUCACCUCUCAAAGGACAGCAGGUUAGCUGAGAGGCCAUGCUCCAGUACACCCACACAGAAGAAGAGACUGAAGUCCUCCAAAGAAGGCAAGCAUAUACCUAUUGAUUCUUUCUUCGUCAAGUGUAACAAGAAGGUGUAAGAUAGCUUAUACAUGUUCUUAGACAACAGUGUAAUGACGUAAUCCUCCUGAGUGGAGGGCUCACUUACAAACUCCUGUACAUGUAAUUUUCCCUUGUGUUGUUGAGAGUAAUAUGUAAACAUUACGUCAGCAUUUCUUUUUUAUAACUGAGCACUUGAGUAAUUGGUUAUGGAAGAGCUGGAGUU